AUGACGGGCAGAAAAUCAAAUAUUUUGAAGUCACGCAAUGAUGAUGCCCCGAAACCGAAAACACAGAGGAAGCGAAGCAAAGGCUUGAAUGCGCUUGCCAUUGCGGAACACGAAUUCCCGACACAGACAAAAGUUCGAGCUCAUCGGUUGGGUGAAGUUGAAGAUUUCCCCAAACGUCGGCGAAAUGACGAGGACGAGGACGAGCCGGAUACGAAGCGUCGCAGAACGGACGAAGAUGGCGCAUCGGAAGGAGACUACGGAAGCGAUAGUGAAGGUCAUGAAUGGAAAAUAGGGCAAGUCGAUAGCGAGGACGACAGUGACAUUGACAGUGAUGAGGCCCUUGGUGAGAGUGAUGAAGAGCGUUUUGAAGAUUUCACAUUCCGGGGAAGCUCUUCCAAGUCGAACGCCAAAUCCGAACGGAAGCCUAAAACUGUCAAGCGUCAGAAAAUCGAUCUCUCCGAGGGUUCUGGUUCCGAUUUCGAGUCCGACCAAGAAGACUAUGACGAUGAUUUAGGAGAAGAUGCAGUGGACUUGGCUACCGCUUGGGACAUGAAUGGUGGGGAGGAUGAGGAUGAGAAUGGCAAGGCCACAUCCAAAACCUCCAAAAAGCCUAAAAAGCGACAGCCAGUGGAUGAGUUAUCGGAUGAGUCUGGUUCCGAUAGCGUCUCAGACGGAAGCAGCGAUGAGGAUGAAAGCGAGGAUACUGAUAUUUCUAUGUCUGACGACGAGGUCGACGAGAAAGAGGAUGGGCUUUCCAAGCUUCAGGAUUUCGUGAGCUCCCUGGGAACCAGCAACGCCGGAACUACAUCCCAACAACGAAAAAUCAAGGGCCAAGAGAAUGGUGCUCCAACAGAAUAUGGAUUGACCUCCACUCGAAAAUUGAACGUGUCUGAUCUCUUAUCCUCCGUAACGGAUUCGCGACUUAAAGGGUCCUUGAAACAUUUGAGCUCAACUACUACGGGCCAGGGCGCCAAAUCAAGCGCUCCGGGAAAGCUGACUGCACCUUUGGCUAAAAGACAACAAGAUAAAAUAGAUCGAACAGCAGCCUACGAAAAGAGCAAGGAGACGUUGAACCGGUGGAUAGAUACAGUGAAAGCGAACAGAGAGGCCGAACACAUAUCGUUUCCCCUUCCUGACCCUCAUGAGCAGCAAGUCGCGAGACUUGGGCCAGUUGAACCGAAGACAGACCUCGAAAGCACAAUCAAGUCAAUUCUUGUUGAAAGUGGUCUAGCAACUGACGAGAAGACUGCUGAGAAGCAGUUCCAGGCCGCCGAGGAGUUGGAAACCCGAAAAAUGUCACUUGAGGAAGUCCGCGCCCGAAAUAUAGAGCUUCGCAAACGCCGUGACCUUCUGUUCCGUGAAGAAGUACGAGCAAAGAGGAUCAAGAAGAUCAAGAGUAAAUCAUACCGCCGUGUUCAUCGAAAGGAGCGCGAAAAGUUGGAAGAAGUGGAGAGACAGGCUUUAAUAGAUGCCGGCAUCGACCCUGACGAACAAGAACGGGAACUUUACGACCGUCGUCGAGCAGAGGCCAGAAUGAGCACCAAACACAGGGACAGCAAAUGGGCAAAGAGUAUGAAAGAGACCGGGCGUACCGCAUGGGACGAAGAUGCCCGUUCCAGUAUGCAUGACAUGGCCAGGAGGGACGUGGAGUUGCAAAAACGAAUUGAAGGACGAAACGUCAAGGCAGAUGGUGAUGACUAUCUUGGGUCAUCAAGCUCAGAAUCGGAAGAUAACCACGACGAGUGGGAUGAAGAGGCCGAUUCUGACGCCGAGGCGCGAAUCUUGAAUAAAGAUUUGGAUGCCCUUAUAGGUCUGGACGAUUCGGAAUCGACUCGGCCACAUUCGAAAUUGAUGGGUAUGAGUUUCAUGCAAAAAGCGGAAGCAGGACGCAAACAACAGAAUGAUGAAGAGAUUCGAAAACUACGCCGUGAAAUUAAUGGAGGAGAUGAAGAUGAAUCCGAAGAGGAAGAGGGAGGCCGAAUGAAAUUCGGCGGCUCUAAACCAGCGGAAAAACAGACUUUAGCUGCAUCCCGCAGCAAGAACGAGUUUGAAGAGACCGUUGCUUCAGAGGACGAAGAACCUGGCAAUGAAGCCACAAGCGCCCCGGAACAUGGUUCCAACAGUUACAACAAAGGAAGCAGCAAAACAAAGAGAAGCGUCGACACCAAAUCCGCAAAAGCGAGUGAAUAUCGGCCGGCUAUGGAAGACUCGGACAAGGAAAUUGAAAAUCCCUGGCUAGUACAGAAUACUAGGGCAAACAGGAAACGUCAAACCAAUGAUGCUGACGAGAGUAUAAAUAUUUCUGUUGGUGAUCAGGAACAGGCAGCUGUUAGCAAUGCCAGCAAAGUCUCGAGCGGACAAAAACCACAGAAAGCCAGCAGCCUGAAGUAUCAUAUCAGCACUCAAGAUAACGAGUCCGGGAGCGACAGCGACGACGAGAAUGUCCCAGUCUUAUUUACAAACCACGAUCUUGUGAAGAGAGCGUUUGCUGGAGACGAUGUUGUGGCAGACUUUGAACGUGAAAAACAGGAAACUAUCGAGGAAGAAGGUGACAAAGUCAUCGAUAACACUCUACCGGGAUGGGGCAGCUGGACUGGUGCUGGUAUCAGCAAGAAGCAGCAAAAGCGCCAGAAGAAAUUCCUUACCAAAGUCGAGGGUAUCAAACCUGAACAGCGUAAAGAUGCGAGACUUGGACAUGUCAUCAUCAAUGAGAAGCGAAUGAAGAAGAACGUGAAAUACAUGGCCACCCAACUCCCGCAUCCUUUCGAGACCAGACAGCAAUAUGAGAGGUCCCUUCGUCAGCCCAUUGGCCCUGAAUGGUCUACCUCGGACACUUUCCACGAGGCUACCAAACCUCGUGUACUUAUCAAGCAAGGCAUUAUCAAGCCUAUGCAACGGCCUCUUAUGUGA